AUGAUGGGUGAUGUUGGCAUUGUGAGCCAUCAACAGCGAAGCACGAAGACGCAUGUUUUCGAGGUUGAGUUAGACAAGACUACCAAGAUUGUUUUUGAUACCUUCAUGGAUAUGGUCUCUGUAUCCGUGAUUGCCAACAACAGCGCGGAAGACUUUAGUGGUAGCGUUGGGUUGCUCGGUGCGAAUGGCACUGGUCGAAUGCUGGCCAGAGACGGCACGACUCUGUUGGAAAAUGAUGUCACUGGGUUUGGUCAGGAGUGGCAAGUUAGAGACUCGGAUCACAAACUCUUUCAGGUUGUGGAUCGUUUUCCUCAACAUCCGGACGCGUGUGUGAUGCCUACUAUGACUACUGCAAGCGAACGGAGAAGACUUGGCGAAUGGAUGAUAUCGAAGGAGGACGCUCGAGAAGUGUGCGCCAUGUGGAAGCACAAAAGAGACAUGACGGCCUGCAUGUACGACGUAAUGUUCACGGGGAACUUGGCGAGUGCCCUUACUGGGGUGUUUUGA